AUGGAUCAGUGUGAGGAGAGAGAGGAAGAAGCCCCUCCCUCCAAAACCAAACAAAAGAACAAUGCUCAGAGAGUAGACCAGCAGAUCUCAGAGGUUCCCAGUGCUCAUUCUGUCCAGCAGCACCAAACACACCUUGACUCCAUAUUUAUGUUGCUGGGGGAAAACAUUGUCACAUUUGUGAAGAAGGAGCUGAAGAACAUUCAACAGGUUCUGAGUCCAGAUUACCCAGAAUGUCAGAGGGAGGAAGAGGAGUUGGAUGAUGAAGAUGAAGAGCACAGGAGGAGCAGCAAAGAUGCAUUUCUGAAGAUUACAGUUAACUUCCUGAGGAGGAUGAAGCAGGAGGAGCUGGCUGAGUGUCUGCAGAGCAGAACUGAUGCUGUAGUUUAUCAGCAUCAACUCAAAUCUCAGCAGAAAAAGAAGUUCCAGUGUGGGUUUGAAGGCAUCGCUAAAGCAGGAAACCCAACACCUCUGAACCAGAUCUACACAGAGCUCUACAUCACAGAGGGAGGAACUGGAGAUGUAAACAAUCAACAUGAGGUCAGACAGAUUGAAACAGCCUCCAGGAAGCGAUACAGAGCAGAGACACCCAUCAGAACAGAAGACAUCUUUAAAGGCUCAACUGGAAGAGAUGGAGCCAUCAGAACAGUGAUGACAAAGGGAGUGGCUGGAAUUGGGAAAACAGUCCUAACACAGAAGUUCACUCUGGACUGGGCUGAAGACAAAGCCAACCAGGACAUACACUUCACAUUUCCAUUCACCUUCAGAGAGCUGAAUGUGCUGAAAGAGCAAAAGUUCAGCCUGGUGGAACUUGUUCAUCACUUUUUCAUUGAAAUCAAAGCAGCAGGAAUCUGCAGCAUUGAACAGUUCCAGGCUGUUUUCAUCUUGGAUGGUCUGGAUGAGUGUCGACUUCCUCUGGACUUCAACAAGACUAAAACCCUGACUGAUGUCACAGAGUCCACCUCAAUGGAUGUGCUGCUGACAAACCUGAUCAGGGGGAACCUGCUUCCCUCUGCUCGCCUCUGGAUCACCACACGACCUGCAGCAGCCAUUCAGAUCCCUCCUGGCUGUGUUGACAUGGUGACAGAGGUCAGAGGGUUCACUGACCCACAGAAGGAGGAGUACUUCAGGAAGAGGUUCACAGAUGAGCAGCAGGCAUCAACAAUCAUCUCCCACAUCAAGAAGUCACGAAGCCUCCACAUCAUGUGCCACAUCCCAGUCUUCUGCUGGAUCACUGCUACGGUUCUGGAGGAUGUGCUGAAAACCAGAGAGGGAGGAGAGCUGCCCAAGACCCUGACUGAGAUGUACAUCCAUUUCCUGGUAGUUCAGACCAAAGUGAAGAACAUUAAGUAUGAUGGAGGAGCUGAGACAGAUCCACACUGGAGUCCAAAUAGCAAGAAGAUGAUUGAGUCUCUUGGAAAACUGGCUUUUGAGCAGCUGCAGAAAGGAAAUCUGAUCUUCUAUGAGUCAGACCUGACAGAGUGUGGCAUCGAUAUCAGAACAGCCUCAGUUUACUCAGGAGUGUUCACGCAGAUCUUUAAGGAGGAGAGAGGACUGUACCAGGACAAGGUGUUCUGCUUCAUCCAUCUGAGUGUUCAGGAGUUUCUGGCCGCUCUUCAUGUCCAUCUGACCUUCAUCAACUCUGGAGUCAACCUGCUGUCACAACAACAAUCAACAUCCUGGUGGUUUAAAUGGAUUGAAAACCAAUUAACAUUGUUCUAUCAAAGUGCUGUGGACAAGGCCUUACAGAGUCCAAAUGGACACUUGGACUUGCUCCUCCGUUUUCUCUUGGGACUUUCAUUGGAAUCUAAUCAGAGCCUCCUACACAACCUAAUGACAAAGACAGGAAGUAGCUCCCUGACCUAUCAGAAAACAGUUCAGUACAUCAAAGAGAAGAUCUCAGAGCCUCUCCCUGCAGAGAAAAGCUUCAACCUCUUCCACUGUCUGAAUGAAAUGAAUGAUUGCUCUCUAGUCGAGGAGAUGCAACAUUACCUGAGAUCAGGACAUCUCCCCACAGAUGAACUGUCUCCUGCACAUUGGUCUGCGCUGGUCUUCAUCUUACUGUCAUCAGACGAAGAUAUUGAUGUGUUUGACUUAAAGAAAUAUACUGCAUCAGAGGAGGCUCUACUAAAUUUGCUGCCAGUGGUUAAAGUUUCCAACAAAGCUCUAUUGAGUUUGUGUAACCUGUCAGAGAGAAGCUGUGAAGCUCUGUCCUCAGUUGUCAUUUCUCAGCCCUCUGGUCUGACAGAACUGGACCUGAGUAACAACAAUCUGCAAGAUUCAGGAGUGGAGAAACUGUCUGUCGGACUAAAGAGCCCUAAUUGUAAACUGAAGAGUCUCAGACUCGAUAAAUGUGAACUCACAGAGAAAAGCUGUGAAGCUCUGUCCUCAGUUCUCAGCUCUGAGUCCUCUAGUCUGAUUAAACUGGACCUGAGUAACAACGACCUGCAGGAUUCAGGAGUGGAGCUACUUUCUGAUGGACUAAAGAGUCGUCAUUGUGAACUGGAGACUCUCAGAAUAAGUAACUGUGGCCUCACAGACAAAAGUUGUCAAACUCAAAUCUUAGUUCUCAGCUCUCAGUCCUCUAGUCUGAGAGAACUGGACAUGAGUAACAACAACCUGCAGGAUUCGGGAGUGAAGCUACUGUGUGAUGGACUGAAAAGUCCUCACUGUAAACUGGAGGCUCUCAGACUAAGCGACUGUAACCUCUCAAAGAGAAGCUGUGAAGCUCUGUCUUCAGUUCUCAGCUCUCAGUCCUCUAGUCUGAGAGAACUGGACCUGAGUAACAACAACCUGCAGGAUUCAGGAGUGGAGCUACUGUCUGAUGGACUGAAGAGUCAGCACUGUAAACUAGAAAGUCUGAGACUGAGUGGGUGUAACCUGUCAGAGAGAGGCUGUGAAGCGCUGUCCUCAGUUCUCAGCUCUCAGUCCUCUAGUCUGAGAGAACUGGACCUGAGUAACAACGACCUGAAGGAUUCAGGAGUGAAGCUACUGUGUGAUGGACUGAGGAGUCCUCAUUGUAAACUGGAGACUCUCAGACUGGAUAACUGUGACCUCACAGAGAGAAGCUGUGAAGCUCUAUCCUCAGUUCUCAGCUCUCAGUCCUCUAGUCUGAUAGAACUGGACCUGAGUAAGAACAACCUGCACAAUUCAGGAGUGUAUCUACUGUCUGAUGGACUGAAGAGCCCUCACUGUCAACUGGAGACACUGAGACUGAGUGGCUGUAACCUGUCAGAGAGAAGCUGUGAAUUUCUGUCCUCAGUUCUCAGCUCCCAGUCCUCUAGUCUGAGAGAACUGGACCUGAGUAACAACAACCUGCAGGAUUCAGGAGUGGAGCUACUGUCUGAUGGACUAAACAGCCCUCACUGUAAACUGGAGACUCUCAGGAUGGAGCCUGAUGGAGUCCGAUGGUUGAGACCAGGUCUGAGAAAGUAUUUCUGUCAAAUCACAAUUGACACAAACACAGUGAACAGAAAACUACGUCUGUCUGACAACAAUGGGAAGGUGACACAUGUGAAGGAGGAUCAGUCAUAUCCUGAUCAUAUAGACAGAUUUGACCACUGGCCUCAGGUGCUGUGUAGUAAUGGUCUGACUGGUCGCUGUUACUGGGAAGUUAAGUAUAAUGGAAAGGUUGAAAUAUCAGUGAGUUACAGAGGAAUCAGAAGGAAAGGAGAGAGUGAUGACUGUGUAUUUGGAUACAAUGAUCAGUCUUGGAGUCUGAGCUGCUCUGAGACUACUUACACUGUCUGGCAUAACAACAAAGCAAAACGCAUUUUCUCGAAAAUUAUCCCCCAGUUUAUGUCUGCCACACCAGCAUCAUUCUUCUCAUCCCCUGUGUCUAACAGAGUAGCAGUGUAUGUAGACUUUUCUGCUGGUUCUCUGUCCUUCUACAGAGUCUCCUAUGAUGAACUGAUCCACCUUCACACCUUCAACACCACAUUCACUGAACCUCUUUUUCCUGGGUUUAGGUUGUGGUCUCCUGCUUCCUCCGUGUCUGUGCGUGAAGACAUAUUCUCCUAUUCUAAACCUGUGUGA